UCCGUUAAGUAUUGUUUUUCUGCUGCUCAUUUUCUUUCUCUUUCCUUUUUAUGUUCCACUUGUGUUUGAGGAUUGAGACGUUUCCGUCUUAAAAUUAAAUAAUGAGCGAUGAUAAACGCGAUGGGUCAAAGCCGGAAGAACAGGACUGGGCUGCAGCUAAGGCUUUCUAUGACAACUUAGGAGCCACAUCAAAGAAACCCAAACUACCCAAACCCCAGACUGCUAUAACAAUUGCUGUGUCAUCUCGGACACUGUUCGAUAUGAAUAAAGAAAAAGACAUCUAUGAAAAUGAGGGCGUCGAGCAUUAUGUGAAGUACCAAGAGGAUCACGAAAACACACCCCUGGCUCCCGGAGCGGCUUUUCCCUUUGUAAAGGCAGUCAUGAAUGUUAAUGUUCGCUUGCGUGAGCUGUAUCCAGAGAGUGAAGAGCUGUUUGAUGUUGUUCUCAUGACAAACAAUCAUGCCCAAGUUGGAGUGCGGCUCAUUAACAGCAUCAAUCAUUACGAUUUAGGAAUAGAGAGAUUUUGUAUGACUGGUGGAAAAAGCCCUAUUGGAUACCUCAAGGCCUAUCUUACCAACCUCUAUCUUUCUCAGGAUUCAGUUAAAGUUCGGGAAGCAAUAGAAGAAGGUAUUGCAGCUGCCACAAUGUUUACUCCAAAGAAAGAAGUUGUGUUGUCUGAUACACAGCUGAGGGUUGCUUUUGAUGGGGAUGCGGUUCUUUUCUCAGAUGAGUCAGAAAUUAUUGUAAAGGAGAGGGGAUUAGAUUCAUUUUUUGAGCAUGAGAAGGAAUUUGAAAAUAAACCUUUAGCACAGGGACCUUUAAAAUGUUUCUUGGAGGCACUGGGGAAAAUACAGCGAAAGUUUUAUGAAAAAAAUGAGCGACUUGACUGCCCAGUAAGAACCUAUCUGGUGACAGCCAGAAGUGCUGCAAGUUCUGGAGCCAGAGCUUUAAAAACACUGAGGAGCUGGGGACUGGAAAUUGAUGAGGCUCUCUUCCUGGCUGGAGCCCCUAAAGGUCCUUUACUUGAAAAAAUACGUCCUCACAUCUUCUUUGAUGAUCAGAUGUUUCAUAUUGAAGGUGCCCAACAGCUGGGCACCAUUGCUGCUCACGUUCCCUAUGGAGUUGGACAAAGACAUCAUGUUAAAAAAGAUGCCAAAUGAAAAUGUAUCUGCAGCUUAUUUUUUCUAAAAGCAGAGUCACUAAUUGUUGGAUAUUACAGCUUUUCAGUCAAUACUCAAAAAAAAAAAAAAAGUCAAACAUAUUGUGGAGCAUGACAUAAAAAACCUCAGGGUAUGUUUUAGUUUUGUUAUAAAUUUGUCAGAAUAACGACUAUAUUGGUAUGUAGUGAUAAUCGCAACCACUGAUUACUAUGAAUGAUUCAUGUGUAAAGCACAUCUUCAAAGUAACAUCUUUAGUUUUAUACUCUCCAAAACUAAACUUGUGUUUAACAAAUUA